AUGUCGUCCACCACCCGCCGGUCAUCCGCCUCCCCCUUCCGCUCCAGGAGAACCCAUCCCCCGCCGCAUAAACCUUCGCCCGGCCACGUUACCCCGACUUCAUCGGCGGCGGUGCUGCUUCCAAAGCAACAAGCUCCCCGGCACCCUACCACGGCGCCUCCCGGCAAAGCUAAGGAAAAUGUCACGGUCACCGUGCGGUUUCGUCCUCUCAGUGCUAGAGAAAUUAGUAAAGGCGACGAGGUCGCCUGGUACGCGGAUGGAGAUCAUACCGUGCGCAAUGAGUUCAAUUCCGACAUUGAAUAUGAUUUUGAUAGAGUAUUUGGUCCUGCAACAACUACACGCCAGGUUUAUGAUGUUGCAGCUCAUCAUGCCGUAAGUGGUGCCAUGCAAGGAAUAAAUGGCACGGUUUUCGCAUAUGGUGUUACUAGCAGUGGGAAGACACAUACGAUGCAUGGGGAACAAAAAUCACCUGGAAUCAUACCGUUGGCUAUCAAGGACGUCUUUGGGAUGAUACAAGAGACACCUGGACGGGAAUUUCUGCUCCGAGUUUCUUAUUUGGAAAUUUACAAUGAGGUCAUCAAUGACUUGCUUGAUCCCACUGGACAAAACCUAAGAAUAAGAGAAGACUCUCAGGGUAUUUAUGUUGAAGGAAUAAAAGAAGAGGUUGUCCUGUCGCCUGCUCACGCUCUUUCACUAAUUGCAUCUGGUGAAGAGCAUAGGCAUGUGGGUUCUAAUAACUUCAAUUUACUAAGCAGUCGAAGCCACACCAUAUUUACUUUGACUAUAGAAAGCAGUGUACAUGGGGAAAAUGAAGGAGUAGCUUUGUCACAAUUGCAUUUAAUUGAUUUGGCAGGAUCUGAAAGUUCAAAAACAGGGACAAUUGGGUUGAGGCGAAAAGAGGGCUCAUACAUCAAUAAAAGCUUACUCACUCUUGGCACUGUUAUAUCCAAAUUGACAGACGGAAAAUCCACUCACAUACCAUACCGAGAUUCGAAACUUACACGCUUGUUGCAGUCAUCUCUUAGCGGUCACGGUCGAGUUUCCGCCAAACCUCACGACCUCGACCUCACGACCUCGAACUCGACCUCGUCCGGACACCGUGCGAACGACCUCACGACCUCUCCAUCGACCUCGCCUUCACGACCUCGACCUCGACCUCGCCUUCAUCUUCACGACCGAACACCGUCCGGGGAGUUCCACCUCCGCCUUUCACACUUCACGACCUCUCCUUCAAGACUCUUCAUGACCUCGCCGGAAUCUGAAAUCAGAUUUGGAUUAGGGUUUCUUCAUUUUAUCGUAGAGCUUGGAGUGCUUAGCUGGAGGUCAGAUGCUGACAACUAUGAAAUAGAUCCAGAGCUGAAAAGAAUUCGUGAAGCUCGUGGAUAUUCUUACAUGGACUUUGGCGAAGUUUGUCCUGAGAAGAUGAGGUACUGA